AGGAGGAGGUGAAGGCAGAGGAGGAGGUGGAGGAGGAGGUGGAGGAGGAGGCAUUAAAGCUGAAGCUGGAGGUUGUUACACUCACAGGGCCCCACAGAGGAGGCCAGUGUUCACAGGGCAGGGUCAGUAUGUCCAACCUCAGCCAGACCUAUUUAGCCCUAGCCAAACCUAUGACUACAACCCUGCCCAGUGGAGCUGGCCAGUGGAGCCCUCAGGCCCUGGUCUGAGACACUAUUCCCCUGUGAGAGAACAAUGUGGCUGUGUGGGACAGGGUGGAGGUGACGCUGUUGGGACGGCGACCGGGACACACCCCUUCAACAGCAGCAGGCAUGCGUCAGCCUUGUCACUCCCGGCGGACCCAGACCCGGCACACAGACAGACAGACAGACAGACUAGCUACAACUACAAUCCAGAGGGGCUCAGGCACGCUAGUUAUGGAGCGGAAGAGCAGAUCUGGGAUCAGUCAAAACACAGACAGGCCAGCUGCAGUUACAGUACAGAAGACAAACCAAUACACAGGCAGGCUAGUUGUGGAGUGGAAGAACAGAUCUGGGGUCAGUCAAAACACAGACAGGCCAGAUGCAGCUACAGUUUGAGGCUAGAAAGACAGGCUAGCUACAGUCCACAGGAACUACACAGACAGGCUAGCUACGGUCCACAGGAACUACACAGACAGGCUAGCUACGGUCCACAGGAACUACACAGACAGGCUAGCUACAGCUACAGUCCAGAAGACAAGCCAAUACACGGACAGACUAGCUACGGUCCAGAAGAACAGAUCUGGGAUCAGUCGAAACACAGACAGGCUAGUUACAGUCCAGAAGACAAAGCGAUACACGGACAGACUAGCUACUGUCCAGAAGAACAGAUCUGGGAUCAGUCGAAACACAGACAGGCUAGCUACAGUUACAGUCCAGAAGACAAACCGAUACAUGGACAGACUAGCUACGGUCCAGAAGAAAAGAUCUGGGAUCAGUCGAAACACAGACAGGCCAGCUACAGUUACAGUACAGAAAGGCAGGACUGGAGAUUUACUGCUGGUGGUAAACACGAUCAUUUGGACAGGUGUGUACCACUGGAACAAGGAAAUUUACACCCCCACAUGCCAAAUGGAUGCUGUGGCAUUGGUGGUCCCAGCCCCAGGCCUGCGUCCUCUCGGGGCAGGGGAGAUAGACCUAACCACCAGGAGGGGACUACUAGAUUAAAGGCUGGAGGAGUUGGAGGUGGGAUAGGAGAGGACGGCUGUAAUGGGCGACAUGUCCCUGCUGGCUCUAGCUCUGAGGGUUUGGUCAGGAAGAAGCAGAGUUUGGUCUGGAAGAACCAGGGUUUGGUCCGGGAGAACCAGAAUUCGAUCCAGGAGAAGGAGGGUGUGGUCCAUGAGAACCACAGUUCGACCCAGGAGAACCAGGGUUCGAUCCGGGAGAAGGAGGAUUCAGUCCGGGUGAAGAAGUGUUCAGUCCGGGAAAACCAGGGUUUGAUCCGGGAGAAGGAUGAUUCAGUCCGGACGAAGGAGGGUUCUGUCUGUGAGCAGAUCAGACAGGUGGUGUCAGACCUGGAGGGGGUCCUGGGUGGUCUCAAACAGGUCCACGUGGAGAUGAAGGAGGUGGUCCAACAGAUAGAUCGUCUGACAGCUAACAUUGACCUGGAAGAGGAAGAAGGAUCAUGUAACAAGUCCCCUAGUAGUGGUGACGGUCCCCCCAACCCCAGAGACUGUAAAGGAGUCCUGAUGUUCAACCAGGGAGACCAGAGACCACAGUACAGAGACGUGGACCGUACCGUCAACCAGAAGACUACUAGGGUCCAGGUGCACACCCGCUGGACUGAUACAGGGGACCUGGUCCACAACCAGAAGACUCCUGGGAAACAUGGACCACAGUGCAGAGACACGGAUCAUACUGUCAUCAUACAUGACCCUCCUCCCGACCCCAGAGACGUCCCUGGGGUCCUGGUGUACAGCCAGAAGACUAAUGGAGAUCAGGGAGUCUCCUUACUGUACAGACACCCUGACCAUACUGUCACCAUACGAACUAACUCUCUGUCCCCUGUCCUCACCGCAUCUGUCAUCAAGACCAACCGGGUUGGGGUCACAGCUCUGAGCCCCAUGGGCCCCCUGAGCCCCUCCAAAGACCCCAAACAGGACAGACGGGGGCUCAACGGACACCCUCCUCUACCCGGUCCGGGAAGAGAACUGAACCAUGUGGACCCCCAGACCCCCCCAGAGCUAGAAAUUACCCCCUCUCUACCCCUACCCUUAUGGACUCAACUGUCUGACCCCACAGCCAUGGUCGGAUACAGUGUCCCCACUCUUAGGAACCAGAAACCUCCACUGUACCCACGCCACAACGGACGGGUGGAGAGGCUCAGCAAGUGUCCGGUUCAAUCACCCUACCCUGCCCACCCAGCCCACCCAGCACUGCCGGUCCUGCCCCACCUGGCUCAGCCACCCUACCCUACCCACCCUAACCACCCAACCCACCAUGCCCUGCCUCCCAGUGACCUGAGGACACCCCCCUACCCGGGGAAAGGCUGCAGCAUGGUAUGAGGGGACAGGGGACAGCCUCACUGCCAUGGGGGCCUGGAACAUAUAAUACAAGGACAGACCUACACUGAUAAGUAGUCUGAGAAAGAAAGCUUGCGGAGCCCUGACGUGGUGAAGAGAUGUCAGUCAGUGGUGGACACGGUCAGAGCUCGCCCUGAAGGGGGGGAUAUUUCCAAGGGAAAACGCUCCAGACAGACAGGAGGGAAAUUCCACAUGAAAGCCUGCGAUGCACAGGCCUUGAGAUGCACAGGCCUUGAGAUGCACAGGCCUUGAGAUGCACAGGCCUUGAGAUGCACAGGCCUUGAGAUGCACAGGCCUUGAGAUGCACAGUAUGAAGCAAGCACUUCAACAGACAUUAACAUGUAUGUGUGGUGUCCGGGGGGGUUGGCCAAAACAUAAGACAGCAAAUAUUAACAUUUCUGAUACAAAUUGGACAAUAAAGUUGUAUUGUAUUGUAUUGUCUAACCCAACCUUACUGAUCACACCUAGAUCCCUUUGAGCUAGACACCAAAGGUAAUCGACAAAAUAAUCUCUAGACAAAUGAGAAUGGAUGUUGGAAGUUAUACGAUUAUAUUAUCUAUAUUAUCUUUAUUCAUGUUUAUAAAUGAGAAAAUUGUACUGUCUGAAACAUUCAAUUCCAAAAAAGUUAAAAUUGUCAACUGAAUGUGUCACCUUUCUUACCUUUGUGUAUGAAAUAAAGAUAGCAGUGACCUAAUAAUUGGUAUUAAUAUUGAUUUGAAAUGUUUUAUGUUCUGUUCUGGCACCGAUGCGUGUGUUUCCAUUCUCCUUAGCUGUCUGUAUUACAUGGCACUAGUGUCUAAACUGCCUUUUCUGCAUCUGAAAUUACAACUUAUUCCCUAAAUAGUGCACUACUUUAGACCAGGGCCCUAUGGGUCCUGAUCAACAGUAGUGGACUAAAUAUGGAAUAGGGUGUCCUUUGGAACCCUGUCUUUAUGAUAUGGAACAGACUACUGCGUGUUGGAAUCGUCUGCAGGUAGGCCUGCUACCCUCUCUGUCUCUCUGUUUAUUAAAAGAGAGUUUCACCACUUCUCUCCCAGAGCCCCUACAGAUAGGCUGCUACCGUACAU